AUGGCGUGUAGCGUGUUGGAUGCAAGUACUUCAAUGCUAGCGACAGUGGAAAGCGAAGCUAUGGACGUUGAGCAAUCUACAGCGUCGAAACUUCGCGAGAUGACCGAGGUGAACAGAGAUCUCAGGGAGGAGCUCUUUGCUACACGUAGAGAAUUAGACGAGCUUCGCCAAUUGGCAGACUCGAUGAACCAAGAUGAAAAGGAGGCAGAGUUGGAGAAGUUACGGAGUGAGCUGAUUGAAGCUACCAACCGGUUCUUGCAGAUUGCCGCUCAAAAGAAAGCGCUUGAAGAACUGGAAGACACUCUUGUCAGUAAGGACAAAUUACAUGGAGAGAUGGCCGCUGAGUUAGAACGCCUUAGGGAGCUAGGAGCUUAUGCUGAAGGCACCUUAAAACCUUUAGCGCAUACCAUUUCUGGCACCAACAAAGUCGAGGAGACUCAAACCAAUGGUAUACCCCCCGAUGUUGUGCCUCAAAGUGACGAGGGCUCACCAAAAGUGCGAUUGACUGAGAAGAAAGUUAGAAGACCCUCAAAGCCAAGAGGAACGAAGGAAUUAAAGACAGUGAGGGAUGACAGAGUGCAUUAUGACGAAAAUCGAGAAAGAAGGGUGUUUGACCAAGAUGUUUGGGAGCAGCAGGCUAUGCUUAUGGUCAGCCUUUACUCGGAAUUGAUGCAGAUUAUGGAGGAGCAAGAGGUAAAACAAAAGCAAAUGGACGAAAUGGAGAAAGUGCUCUUUAAAGGGCGACGAGCCAUGGAUGAUUCAAAAGCACAGCUGCAUUUGGCUUUCGAAGAAAUAUAUCAACUGAAGAAGAAUGAAAACGAAUCAGAAGAUAUGGAAAAAGAGGAGACCAGUACUGAACUUCUUGAGCUCCGGCGUUUUGCAUCCACGAUCAAAAUGGGAGGAUUGGAAGUGGAGAAGCGCGCUGAAGAAGUUACCAGAAAACUAAUCACUGAGCAGAUUGAACGAGUCCGUCUAUCUCGAACGAAUACGGUAUUGCGUCGGCGAUGCAAUCGUGCUGAGCAGGCAAUGCGACGCGCAAGAGAAAGAAUGGUGUUGAUAGAAACACAGGCUGGCAAAAGAUGCGCUCAGCUACAGUAUCAACUGGACACGGCACUAAUCGACUUGGCCGAUUGCCAGAACAAGUUGGUUCGAUCGGUAUCGAUUGAAACCUAUGAGAAACUGGCCAUACGCUUCAAGAAGGAAUGCGUUUCCGAGGUGUUGAGCGGUGAGAUUGACGAAACCUGGAAGGAAAAUCUUGUUUCGAUUGAAGCGCCUGUCGAUGCUAAGAUUCAAGAACUUGAGGCGAAAAACGCUUACCUCAAGAAAAUUGUUGAAGUUAUCAGUGAACAGAACGAUUUCUGGUCUAAGGAAACAGAGAUACUACAAAACGAGAACGAAGAACUUAAAAGAUUUGUCGAAGACAUGGAAAAUGAGAGCGAUUUGAAAAACAUUCUUGGUAUGUCUCUUAUUGACCUGAUGGGUUCCAUCGAACAACGUCUCCUGGAGACGAUACGGGAACAACAAGAAGGGAGGCGUGACCAUGAGAGAGCCUACAGAAAGGCAAGGGAAGCCGAAGAGAAGUUAGCGCUGUGGAGGAGCGAAUGGUCUGCUCAGCGAUCACGACUCAACGCUCGUCUAAAUUCACUCAAUGGUCUCUCGCUCACCCAAAUCGAACAAUUGAGAACGAAAAUCCAAGAAGUUAAGGAAAGUGAGAUGAUAGCCGAAGAUGCGAAAGAGAAGGCGGAAACGCUACGGGACGAACUUCAACAAAAAGUCGUAGUGCAGAAAGCAGGUCGCAAAGCAAAGGAUACUGUAGAGGAGGAAAACGCCAAUAUACUUAAAAUUGAAAGGAAGCUACAAGCGGUUUAUGGCAGUUUGGAAAUGCAGACAAUCAAAUCGGAGCGUUUGGAAGUUACGGUCAAACUCAGAGAAGAUCAAAUCUCAAGUCUUAAAAAAGAACUUCAUGCAAUUGAGAAGGAAAACGAAGAACUGCUAACUACUAUAGCGAGUGCGAAUCUUUGGAGUAAACUCAGUAAGGAUAAGGACACUAAUGAGGGUCAAGAUGAACCCGCUAUAGAAGAAAGCGCCUCCACUACUAUCGAAAGGCCCACGUUUUCACCGUUAACUGAAGAACGGCAGCCAAGCGAGGAUUCUGAGGCUACCUCGACGGAUUCUGAAGGAGGAGCGACAAAAACUAUCCUUCAGGAUAACUCAAAAGAAUUUGAAAAACGUUUGGCGAAGAUGAAAGAGGCAGCAGAACUAUGCAUACAUGGUUAUAAGCAACAACUUCGCCAAAAAGACCAAGCAUUGGAAAUGUAUCGCAAACUCGCGGAAGAAAAACUUUCCACAAGGUCACAACCUCCAGAAAAAGAAAUUGUUCGUGAAGAAGUCCGAGUUGUGGAUGAGCGAACAGAAGAGCGACUUCGACAAGCUUUAGGGGACGUGGCAAGAUUGAAAGAAGAGAUUGAAGAACUUGAGAAAGCGAAUCGAGCCCUAUACAGGAAACGAAGAAGAAGCAUUGUUCCUGUUGUUUCAACGGUCGAAUGUCAAACGGACAUAUUUACAAAGGAAGAGAAUGAAACAAAGGAUAUUGAGCAGAAGACAAAAUCCCCUUCGAGAGUGUCGCCAGCGGAUAGCGUUUCAUCGAAUAUGGAGCUAAUUCUCGCUUGUGAGAAGAUUCGAGAAGAUGCGAUGGCAGAGUUGGAGUCAAGAGCACCAAAACUAAAAGAGGUAUAUGAUUUCAGAGUGGAACUCGAAAAGACGAAAAAAGAAAAUCGACGCCUGCGAAACAUGGUUGAGGACCAAAGAAAAUCCAUGGAAUCUUUCAAAAAGGACGUCAUAAAUAAGAAGAGCGGCGAGGAUGAAGUUGCUCGAUGGAACGAACGCAAGAAAUUGGAGGAAAUGCUCAAUACCGUAAGGAAGAAGCUAGCGGACUCGCUAGAGCGAGAAAAAGGAGUACGAGAUAAGCUAAUCAAACGUGAUAGAUUAGUGGAAGAUCUAAGGAGAGACGAGGAAAUGAGGCGAAAAGAGUUGGAACGUACUCGAAAGAAAUUUGCUGACCUUCAGUACGAAAGAGAUAUGGCUUUGAAAGAAAAUGAGGAGAAUCAUAAAUUGCAAAAGAAGCUAAUAGAAGAGAGGAAGAAAUUAACCGAAGAAGCAGCUAAACUGGAGCAAAACGAGAAGGUAGACUCAUCAACAAUUGAGAAAAGAUAG